AUGUGGACCGCUGGAGUUUCAAGGCUGGAGAAACAAUCGGAGAACGUCUGCCUGUCGAUCUCUGCCAGAGGGGUGUCGACUCAGUUCCAGAUCAAGAACGCCCACACCGUGAACGAGCUGAAGCUUCCGGAACAAACCGUGUGCUUCGCCGACGUCGUCAAGGAGUACAAUCAUCUGCACGAUCUCCCGGUGGCAGAUUACCGCGGCGCGCCGAAGAUCUUGAUUGGCUUGAAGGAUCUGCACCUGUACGCGCCUCUCGAGUCUCGCAUCGGCGGCGCUGGAGAACCAAUCGCUGUAAAGUCGAAACUUGGAUGGACGAUCUACGGUCCCCACGAGAACAACGCGCCAGCAGCUGGAUUCGUAGGUCAUCAUGCUUGUCACCAAGUCUCUAACCAAGACCUGCAUGAUCUCCUGAAGAACCAGUACCUCCUCGAGGAAACUGGCAUCUCCAUGGCGCUGCUGCCGGAGUCGGACGAGGACAAGCGAGCCAGGUCGAUUCUGGAGUCAACGACGGUGCGGAAAGGAGAUCGAUACGAAACCGGCCUGUUAUGGAAAGCGGACGACACAAGUUUCCCCGACAGCUACGUGAUGGCGCUGAAAAGGUUGAAAUCUCUGGAAAGAAAGCUGCUGAAGAACGACUCGCUGUACGACAACGUGCGGCGCCAAAUCGUCGAGUAUCAACAGAAGGGCUACGCGCACAAGGCCUCCCAGCAAGAACUGGCUGCGUGCGAUCCGCGAAAGGUGUGGUACUUGCCGCUGAACGUGGUGACGCACCCCAAGAAGCCGGAGAAAGUACGCCUCGUGUGGGACGCGGCCGCUACUGUGGCGGGAGUCUCGCUCAACAGCCAGCUGCUCAAGGGGCCGGACAUGCUGACGUCGCUUCCUUCCGUGAUCUUCCGAUUCCGUGAACGUCCUGUCGGAUUUGGUGGUGAUAUCAGGGAAAUGUAUCACCAGCUGCGCAUACGGAAGGAGGAUACGAACGCCCAGAGGUUCCUGUUCCGGAACGACCCAACGGCCGAGCCUGAGGUGUACAUCAUGGACGUCGCCACCUUCGGGGCAACUUGUUCGCCGUGUGCCGCGCAGUUUGUGAAAAACAAGAACGCGGAGGAGUUCUCGAAGCAGUAUCCCGAGGCGGCGAAGGCAAUCGUGGAGAACCAUUAUGUCGACGACUACUACGACAGCGCGUCGACGGUCGACGAAGCGAUUCAGCGGGCGAAGGAGGUCAGACUCAUCCACUCGAAAGCGGGCUUCGAGAUCCGCAAUUGGGUGGCCAGUUCAAGCGAGGUUGUCAGCGCGCUGGGCGAGAAGGAAGCCGAUCAGAAAGUUCACCUCAGCCAAAACAAGACGACCGGUUACGAACGAGUACUGGGCAUUGUGUGGAACACGAGCACCGACGAGUUCUUGUUCUCGGCCGAGAUGAGAGAGGAUCUGGAGCGGUACUUGAAAGGAGAGCUGCGGCUCACGAAGCGGGUGGUGUCGAGCUGCGUAAUGAGCCUGUUCGACCCUCAAGGUUUUCUGAUCUCGUUCACGAUCUUCGGGCGGAUUUUGAUCCAGGACUUGUGGCGGGCUGGCUGUGAUUGGGACAAGGCGGUCGACGACGAAGCGUGGGAGAAAUGGAAGCGCUGGGUGAGUCGCCUGCAAGAAGUUGAAGGCGUUCGAAUCCCGCGGUACUACUUCCAGGGCGCGCACGAUCUGAACUACGAGACGUUGGAGCUUCAUGUGUUCUGCGACGCGAGUCAGUGCGCUUAUGGUGCUGUCGCCUUCUUCUGGAUUAUGUCGUCGAUGGGCCCAAUCUGCGCGCUCGUGUCCGGGAAGUCAAAAGUGGCACCGCUGAAGCUGCUCAGCAUCCCACGCUUGGAACUGCAGUCAGAUGUGGUCGGCUCGAGACUCAUGAACUUCGUGCAGGAGAACCACACCCUCAAGAUUGCGGAACGAUUCAUCUGGUCAGACUCUGAAGUUGCUUUGUCGUGGAUCCAUUCUGACCAGCGAAAGUAUAAGCAAUUCGUUGCCUUUCGCGUCGGCGAAAUUCUGACGCUGACCAAGCAGAGCGAGUGGCGGAAGGUACCAUCAAAGCUGAAUCUGGCAGACAUGCUCACCAAGUGGGACAAAAAGCACAGUUUCGAGCCGGACGGGCCAUGGUCACGAGCGCCGGAAUUCAUCGAAGAAGCCAAGAGACUGUGGGCCAUCUCGAAGCAGCAGGUGCAGCUGAACACGCCCGAGGAGAUGCGAGCGAGUGUGCUGUACCACAGCAUCAUUGUCACCGAGCAAAUCAUCGAUCCUCACAACUUCUCUCGCUGGACGGUGAUGGUAAGAUCCGUGGCAUGCCUGGCUCGAUUUCGCUCCAAUUGUCGCAGAAAAGCAAAGGGUUUGCCGAUCGAAGCACUUCCUCUUUCGAAGGCGAUGAAGGGGCUCGUGAAAAGGACCGUGCAAGCAGUUCCAGUCCCGCUGAAGAGGGAAGAAUACCAGAUGGCGGAAACAUACUUGUGGAGAUGGGCGCAAGCGGACUACUUCCCGGACGAGGUGACAACCCUUCUUAAAAACCUCGAAUUCCCCGCGGACAAGAAGCUACCCCUGGAGAAGAGCAGCGUGCUGUACAAGCUGACCCCGUUCCUGGAUGAGCAGAAAGUGAUGCGAGUUGACGGUCGACUUGAGCGAGCUACCAUGAUUCCGUUUGAGGUUCGCUUUCCCGUCAUCCUGCCCAAAGGUCAUCCAGUGACAACGAAGCUGCUGGAGUACUAUCACCAGAAGAUGGGCCACGCGUACUUCGAGACGGCAAUCAACGAGCUUCGGCAGCGUUUCUUCAUCCCGAACCUACGAGCCGAGCUGAAGCGGGUGAUGACGGCGUGCGUGAAGUGCAAGGUGGAGAAAAGCGUACCGGCGAUCCCGAGAAUGGCACCACUUCCAGUCCAGCGUGUGACUCCACAUCAGCGGGCGUUCAGCUACACCGGGGUCGACUACUUCGGCCCAGUAGCAGUGACGGUCGGGCGGCGUUCCGAAAAGCGUUGGGUCAGCCUCUUCACGUGUUUGACCACGCGUGCCAUCCAUCUGGAAGUCGUGCAUAGUUUGACCACACAGUCGUGCGUCAUGGCUAUCAGACGAUUCGCUUGCCGGAGAGGAAUGCCCAUCGAGUUCUUCAGCGACAACGGCACGAACUUCCAGGGCGCGAGUAAGGAGAUCGUACGCGUGGACGCGGAAUGCAGAGAAGAGUUCACCGACGCCAGAACGAGCUGGAACUUCAACCCACCAUCAGCGCCGCACAUGGGCGGGGCCUGGGAGAGGCUUGUGAGGUCGGUCAAGGAAGCUCUGAAGGCGUUCGACGACGGGAGAAAGCUGACGGACGAAGUGUUGCUGACCAGUUUGGCGGAAGCGGAGGAUCUCAUCAACACACGUCCGCUGACGUACCUGUCAACCGAAGCAGGAUCAACCGAAGCUCUCACGCCCAACCAUUUCUUGCGAGGAGUGUCGACCAACGAUGGAACUCAACGCGCGGAAUCGACCAGUCCAGCCGAAGCUCUCCGAGACUGCUACAAGCGGUCGCAACUCCUUGCUGACUGCUUUUGGAAACGCUGGAUUGCGGAGUACCUUCCAACCCUGAACCAACGGACGAAGUGGCACGCGGAGGCGGAGCCUAUCGCGUGUGGAGAUGUCGUCUACGUCGUGGAAGGCGCUAAUCGCGGUAACUGGGUCCGGGGCAUCGUGACGGAGGUCUUCAAGGGUGCCGAUAGACGCAUUCGGCAGGCGAUGGUGAGGACAUGCAGAGGAGAGCUGAAGCGGCCGGUGAGCAAACUGGCGGUGCUAGAAAUCCAGGAGCGUAAAACUGGUGCGAAGGAGGCUCCACCCACCAGAGUUACGGGGCGGGGCGAUGUUGGCACCGCGAUGAACCAUCCUAGCGCAGCACGUGAAACACGACAGGCAAAAGGGAACGCAUAA